AUGAGCGUCGGUGGAACUCAUCCUACCAACCACAGCCACGUCCUGCCUCGACACUCCACCACUUCACCAUUCCUUUUCCGGACGCCUCCAUCCCUCAAGACGAGUUCGGUCGGCCUGCAACUCCCGGGCCAACUGGCCCCUUGGAUACUGGUCCACGUGACUUCCAGGGCUAUCCGGGACCUAAACCCUAAUCCGAUCCACACACACGCGAAAGCCACCUCAGUGUCGACAGCAGGCGUUCCUCUCAUAUCGCAUCUCAUCCCGCAUCAAACCGUCACCAUGCCUCGCGAAGUCUCCGAUAUCAAGCAGUUCAUUGAGAUCUGCCGCCGCAAGGACGCUUCCUCCGCCCGGAUCAAGCGCAACCGCAACCAGCAGACCAAGUUCAAGGUCCGCUGCGAGCGCCUCCUCUACACCCUCUCCCUGACCGAUGCCGCUAAGGCCGACAAGCUCAAGCAGUCCCUGCCUCCUUCCCUGAAGGUCGUCGACGUCACCAAGGGUGACAAGAAGAAGUCUCUGUAA